AUGUCAAUUGACACUACACUUGCAUUUUCCUUUUUCUGCUCGAAAUUAGCCGAGUUUGCUCGUCUACGCGUUCUCGACGUCUGCCCAUCGUCGCUCCUUCGCCGAACGAAGUGCCACGAGCAGCUCGGACGACAGAACACGACAAAGCACGUCGAAGCACGACAAAGCACGUCGAAGCACGCCAAAGCACGCCAAAGCACGACAAAGCACGACAAAGCACGACAAAGCACGACAAAGCACGACAAAGCACGACAAAGCACGACAAAGCACGACAAAGCACGACAAAGCACGACAAAGCACGACAAAGCACGACAAAGCACGACAAAGCACGACAAAGCACGACAAAGCACGACAAAGCACGACAAAGCACGACAAAGCACGACAAAGCACGACAAAGCACGACAAAGCACGACAAAGCACGACAAAGCACGACAAAGCACGACAAAGCACGACAAAGCACGACAAAGCACGACAAAGCACGACAAAGCACGACAAAGCACGACAAAGCACGACAAAGCACGACAAAGCACGACAAAGCACGACAAAGCACGACAAAGCACGACAAAGCACGACAAAGCACGACAAAGCACGACAAAGCACGACAAAGCACGACAAAGCACGACAAAGCACGACAAAGCACGACAAAGCACGACAAAGCACGACAAAGCACGACAAAGCACGACAAAGCACGACAAAGCACGACAAAGCACGACAAAGCACGACAAAGCACGACAAAGCACGACAAAGCACGACAAAGCACGACAAAGCACGACAAAGCACGACAAAGCACGACAAAGCACGACAAAGCACGACAAAGCACGACAAAGCACGACAAAGCACGACAAAGCACGACAAAGCACGACAAAGCACGACAAAGCACGACAAAGCACGACAAAGCACGACAAAGCACGACAAAGCACGACAAAGCACGACAAAGCACGACAAAGCACGACAAAGCACGACAAAGCACGACAAAGCACGACAAAGCACGACAAAGCACGACAAAGCACGACAAAGCACGAGAAAGCAUGA